UAAAGACAAAAUAGCUUAUGGAUAAUUUUUUUAUGCACAAAAAGCAUCUUCAAGGAAAUAAAUGAUAAUGGGGAAGUCUUAUUGCCGGGGAAUUAGUUUGCUAAGAUCAUAACUGAGCAGCAGAGGCAUGAUUCAAAUCAUAAAGCGUCAUAUCCACUCCACUGCACCCAGCUCUGAGCCAUUCCGGGCCUGCUUUUCUCUGCCUGGUGAGCCAGUGUCUGCCCAUGUGCUCAGCAACCAUGUAGGUGAGAAUCCCCUGUUAUGCGCCGACACUGUGCUAAGCGCUGGGAAUUGAAGUAUGAGAAAGGAAGCCUAGGGUGUGGUGGGUGAGGCAGGGGGCAGAGACUUGGGUGACCCAGGAAGCAGAUUUGCGGGAGCCAACGUACAGGGCUGAGAAAUCCUAGGGGGUUUUGGGGGAGACUCUAGAAACAGUCUGUGGUGACUGGAGCCCAAGAUGGGAGAUGUGGUGACAUGGCAUUAGGUCAAGCUUGACUAGAAGCAAGAGAACAGGAAAAGCCUCUUCUCCCAGAGCUGUGAGUCUGAUUUUGCCUUGUAGGGGAUGGGGGAGCUUCUGAAGGCUUUAAAGCACGGCUGAGACAUUGUCAGCUUUGACUUUUAAGUCAUAGCUCCCCUGGCCUUUCUCAUGUGUCGUCUCAUGUCUACAUCCUGUGACUUCAAAGUUACACGUGAUUACUGCGGUGAACUCUAGAAAGAGGAAAUAUUUGUGGGCUGACAUUUAUACAUUCACAGCUGGUCAGCUGUCCUGAGGGAGGCCAUUCUGCUGGUGACUACUAUGGGUCUUUCUCUACCAGGGUUCCUGCUCCUGCUUGGUCCUUUCACGGGGACAGGGGUUUCCGGACAGGACCCAGACCCUGUGACCGUGACUGGGACUCUAGGGGGGUCUGUCACUCUGCCUCUGCAGCUACAGGCUGGACAGCCAGUGGAGAGCAUCUCUUGGAUGUCCCGUUCCUCCUCCAUGGCCAUAGCCACCGUAACCUUGGCAGAAGCAGGAGAGCCAGACACCUUCCACACCUUCCACCAGGCAGACACCCGGUACUGGGGUCGUGUGAGUGUGGUGGAGCCAGGCUUCUCGCUUCAGAUCAGCAACCUGAGCUGGAACGACGCGGGGCCCUACCGAGCCCACGUGAACCUGAGGGGCUCCCGCAUCACCCGCACCCAGGAGUACCGACUGCAAGUGCACGAGCAGUUGGCCCAGCCCCGUGUCACACUGAGCUCCAGGAUCGGCGAGAAUGGACACUGUAUCUUCAUCCUGACGUGUGUGGCCGACAGCAGAAGAGGCUCUGUGACCUACAGCUGGCUACCUCAGGGACCCUGGACGGUUGUGUCCCAUGGAGGGUCUGUCCUCAGUGUUUCCUCAGGGCCCGGGGACAGGGCUCUGACCUUCACCUGUGUGGUCAAGAACCCAGUCAGUAACAGCAGCUCCCUCCCCGUCUCAGUGCCGUCCUCAUGUCCAGGGCCAGGAAUCCUGGGAGGGGAGACCGUGGGGGAGACAGUGACGGGUCUCCUCGGGGACUUGGCCAUUUUGCCCCUGGAGCUCCCAGCUGGGCAGGAAGUGGAAAGGGUCACCUGGAGCUCUGGAGGGCUUGCUGCUGUUAUGCAACCAGGGCCAGGAGGCCAGCCCGUCCUGGCUGCCAGGACUCAGACACUGAGCAGCAGACGGUGGCAUGCCCUCCCCGACAGCUACUCUCUUCAGAUCAGGCCCCUGACGCUGCAGGACGCUGGCCUCUACAGAGCCUGGAUCACCCUGCAGAGUCCCCCGAUCAACAUCACCAAGGAUUUCACCCUGCGUGUCUAUGAGAAGCUGCAGGAGCCCAAUAUCACUGUCAGCUCCCAGAUCAUGAAGGGUGGGACCUGCUACAUCACUCUGAUCUGCUCCCUGCAACAGGCCGGAGAGGACGUUCAGUACAGAUGGGCACCCCUCGGCCAGGGGGCAGUUAUGUCCCACGGAGGAACCACUCUCCGCGUCUCCUGGAGACCGGGGGCCAGUGACAGCUAUCGCUGCACUGCCAGCAACCCGGUCAGCCAGAGAUCCAGCUCCAUCCCCGCAGGGCCACUCUGCUCAGCCUCCUUCCUACUCUGCUCCUGGAAGAAGGAAUUUCUUCUCAUUUUGAUCCUGGGAGCUUUGCAGAUUGUGUAGAUUGACUCUGACAAGUGGAGAAGCCAAGAGGACUGUGAGAAGGUGUCACCCUGUGAGACACAGAGAUAAAGAAUUCUGUCCCUGAAGCGCCACCUGCCAGCAUCUCCUGGCGAGAGAGAAAUCAGUCCCUGCUAAUACAUAAAACCUAUUUCAUUUACAUACAGUUCAAAAUUGUCAAGAAACUGCUACAUAUCGUCUGUUUAAAAUAACCUGUUUAUGUUUUAUUUAAUCACCUUUUAGAGUGUUCAGACAGAAAAGAGGACUUAUUCAUUUAUUCAUUUAAGAAAAGUUGCAUGUUUGUGGGGCGUCUGCGGGGCUCCGUUGGUUAAGCCUCUGCCUUCAGCUCAGGUCACGAUCCCAGGGUCCACAUUGGGCUCUCCACCCAG